AUGAACAAAUCUUUCGUCCUAGCUCUCCUCCUGGCCACAGCUCUGGCCCUCCAGAUCUCCCAUAAGGCAGCUUUUAUUUCCCAUGAAGCCGCCUUGGAUUUGGCUGCUCUCAGAGCCUCUGAGCUUUCCAGGCAUAAUGCCAAGAGGGCCCUCCACGGGACUCCCAGCCUGACUCUAAGUGAUUCUCUCAAUACUGCUGCCCAGACCUAUGCCGAUUACCUCGCCACCAACCACGUCUUCACCCACUCUCCCUCGGCUAAAAACGGAACCUAUGGCGAAAACCUCUACUGGGGUUGGGGAUAUCCCAGCAAGACCUACAAGGACGGAGAGGCAACUGAAAGCUGGUACGGAGAAAACGUGAACUACGACUACCAGACUGGCGCUGCUAAGCAGACAGGUAAAGUGAUCGGCCACUUCACUGCAUUGGUCUGGAAAGCAGUGACCCAAGUUGGCUUCGGAUUUGCCCUCGUCGCAGAACAAGGAGGAUUUGCCGUCUAUGUGGUGGCCAAUUAUUCACCAACUCCCAAUGUUAGGGGUCAAUAUGUUGCAAACGUCCCAGCUCCAGUCUGA